AUGCUCAGAUCUUUACAUUCGAGAUCGAACGUGCAUUUAAGCAAACACCUCUUGCUUUACAGAAAUUCGGUACUAAGUCAGAUAUAUGGCACCAAUGGUAUGACAGCAUCGUACCUUUCAAACUAUACUCAAGCUGAACAAUGCAAAAUAAUUUAUCGAAAUCUGAUAAGGCUUUUGCCUUACCUAAAGCUUCCAGGCCAUUUCAAGCGAGUAUACACACUUUAUAUUCAAAUGAGGUUCAGAGAGGAUUAUGAAUAUAAGCGCAAACUGUUAAUCAAUGUUUCUGAUGAACUUACCACUGAACAGUUGAAUAUCAGAUUUAUAAACACAGUUAAUUUUGUUUCUAAUGCAUGCUCAGAACCACGCACCGAAGAAAACAUAGAGUUUCGCAUUCUAAGGGGAAUUCUGCAACACGAAUCAUCUAAGUAUAAUUUCAAAGGCGAGCUCGCUGAAUUGUAUUCAAUACGAGCUUUCAGCGAGCUGAGAUCGACUGCGAAAGCCACCGAAAUAAAUCCAAAACUACCUCCCAACUGGUUUUCAUGGUUGGAGACAUCGCGAGAUUCUAUGACUUCAAAGCAAGACUACAGCUCGCCAACGAAGAAAGAUUUAAUAGACGAAACUCUGUUUGCGGUCUUUCGCUAUGAAAGAAACAAAGAGUUGCUCAAUGAGUCAGCAAAGCUAGUAUUAUAG